AUGAGCGCCCAACAAUUAAUCGUACCACGACGAGCUGGGUCUCUAUGGGGUACCCGGGCAACGUUUGCCCAGACAUUGUCGGAAAUGACCAGUACCAGGCGACAUCGCUUCCCGAAUUUGAAAAUAAGACCAAGUCGCGCGUUGGCCUUGAGACUAGAGCGCCAACAUCCAGAGCAGGCCCAUCGCUAUGGCCACCUCUUCAGGACGAUGGCCAAGAUCAACAGUGAGCGGCUGCCGUUGAUGACAUUCCAGAAGCUCUUGAGGCAGCAGGACUUGGGGAAUGACAAAGAGCUAGCGGCUAUCGUGUCCAAAUCCAACCCUGAUCUGUGGCAGGAUCGUCUCAACAGUCUAGAGAGAAGAGGUUGGCGUGAGGCAGAUAUCGAUCAUUGGAUCUGGAUCUUGUCGGGCGAGAACGGGGAUGACUGUGUCUCUCGGCUUGUAUCCAGCGACAGGCCGAAGCCGAUAUUCGUCUUGAUGAACGUCCUCUCGAGCGGCCGCCCCUUUCGAUCUCCAGACUCUUGGCGAAAAGUUUUGGAUUAUAUCAUGAAUACGUACAUGACUCCCCGGGCACGCAACCCACGUGAUACAGGGGGAACAGUACCAGCAGAUCACAGAGUCAGACUGAGUGUAUCAAAAUUCAUCAUUCUCCUGCGGAGGCUGACACGACGUGUACUGGCCUUCUGGCCGAGGUCCAUACCAGCUCUUGCAGACCUCACCAGUACUUAUCUGAUCAAUCUACACACUAUUGAAACGGGCGAAAAUUUAUACCAUAAGCAAUGCCGUGUUUUUAAUUGGGCACUAGCCGAGUUCAGCCGACCUGCAUCUUUUGAGCCGAUUCGCAACAUGGAAUUUAACUGGCGAGCCCAAAGGAAACUUCUCUCUACUUCAGAUUCAUUGCAACGGCCGCUUGUCAUAGAUAGGCUGAGCUAUCGAUCCAUUCGAAAAGUGCUGGUGGCACAAAAGAAAUCAGCCGCUGAGCGUGGAGUUGCAAUGAGAUACGCCAAGUCCUGGCCACCCUACAGACAGGACUUUGAUGGUCACGACGCCAAGAGGACGCCGGAAGAUGACCAGUCGCGGAGUGUGAGGGCGGGCACCCUAUCGACGGAAGCAGGUUACCCGCAAGAUGAAUACGAAAGAGCUCUGAAUGUCCUCGGUGGUGAAGCUACCAACCAACCGCCCACGAUACAGACCAGAAGUCUUGCACCCAAGGAGUGGAAGAACGAAAAGGAACAGGACAACUUUUAUACCGUCUGGGCAAUGAAAGUCCGUGCCACGAGGAACCCCCAAGAGGCUUGGCGAGCGUUUACAUCCUUCACGGACGUAGACCCUCCCCUGCAGGUCUAUACUGAAAUGUUCCUCAAGCUACAAGCUGCAGAGACGCAUGCUACGAGGGAUGUACUACCUGGCGACUCACGAGAAACGCACCCAGUCCACCAUGGCAAUUUCAGCGAAUACGAACUAGCUCGACUGACGCCCCCUACUUUGCAAAACCUAUAUCAACACAUGUUGAGUCACGGAACGAAACCGCAAGGGAUUUGUCUCCAAACGCUAGUGUCCCAUGCGCGCUCACUUGCCGAAGGGCAACAGUACUUGCGAGACAGCACCAUCAAUGCUGAUGCUGUAGCUCACAUGUUUUCAAACAAAGGCUAUCUCCACACAAUUCUGCGUCGCAUACCUCUGCUGGUUUUUAGAAGUUAUAUACAAUUGCUAUGUCGCCUCCACCCCGAUCGGCGCGGCAAAAACAAGAUAUCAAGUACCGAUUUGGGUCAGUUACACCAAGCAAUCGCACUCACCAAGGCUCGAUUGGCCCCGGGCACCACGGAAGCAGCAACAUUUCGACCCGCUUGGCAGAUCAUUUGUCGUACUCUAGCAAGGGCCAACCUCGCGCUCGUGAACAAGAAUGAGCGGGUUGCCAACGACGUGGAAGCACUAGACUUGUUCCUCCAGCUCAACGGCAGCAUCGAAACGGGCGUGGGAACUGAUCCAGAAAUAUUCCUUUACCUGUGCCGCACAGUGCAGAAACUGGCCGUGUCGCUAUUUGUUCGCGUCGACAUGGACUCCCGGCAUUCCGAUUCACACCUACCAAUUCACCUCAUGCACGGGGACUCGCGUACUGGAAACUUGCUCCGCGCGGCUGAUGAAGUACUCCGAAACAUGUUCAAGAAAAUAACGGCCCCAGUCCCGUCAUCACCCGACUUCAAGCUCGAGCUGCCGGGCUUCUUACACCCUGUCACUCCGGCUCAUUUGCAUGGGUACAUGCGCACGCUCGCCUUUCUCGAGGACACCGAGUCCAUGGUGGCGCUGCUCGACUGGGUCCUCGACAACAAGGACCUGGUCGACGACGAGGUGGAGCGCAAGGGCGACGGCGGCCGGCUCAUGGUUGCCAAGAUGCUCUGCGCCUUUGCCGCCUUUGCCAGCCCACGCCUCGACGACGGCGUGCGCGCGCGGCUGGCCGCCAAGAUGGAUCAGAUUGCCGAGGUGGACUCGUCGUGGCAUUGGCCUGCGCCCGAGGACACUGAUGCCUAUGUAGAGGCGGACAAGCGAGGUGGUUCCCAGAAGCUGCAACAGCGCGUAUUGGCUGCGUCGAGGCAGUGA